UCCUGCUCGCCUUAGGUCUCGUCAUCACUUCCGGAUUAAUUUCCACAACAUGGGGAGUGCGCGGCUGUUCUCUGUCACGGCGUGGCUCGUGCCGCUAGCAGCGGGUCUCCUCCUGGUCUCCAUGGCGACCGGGCUGGAGGUGACCACCCACCCUGUCGGCUCCUUCCCCGCUCCGGGCACCAACUCCACCAACUCCUCCGCCGUGCCGCCGCCCCACCGCGGGCCGCCACCGCCGCGCGGGUUGAACGUGGACAAUAUGGUGGUGCAGCGCGCGCUGUACGUCCUGAUCGGCUUCACCAUGCUGGGGGUCUUCUACCUGCUUGUGCGCGCGGUGCGGACAAAGCGUCCGCUCCAGAAGAAGUACGGUCUGCUGCAGAACGCGGAGGACGGCGUGGAGCUCGACGCCCUGGAGAGUGACGAGGACGACACGUUGUACGAGGCCCGCAGCCUCCGGAGGUGAGGAGGAGGAGGAGGAGCAGGAGGAGGAGGAGGAGGAGGAGGAGGAGCAGGAGGAGGAGGAGGAGGAGGAGCACCGAUGUGUAAAGCCAAAGCUGCCGGCCUUCUGCUGGAGAAGUCUUUAUUUUUUUAGCCCCGCUGUAAUUAGGACGAUCUUCUGGAGUUUCCAUGACCACAGAAGAGAUGAGGAGCCAUGCACAGAUGGGGUUUCAGACGGAACAUUCCUUAACUUCAGACGUCAAAGUGGAACGCUUCUUCAGGUCUCCAUCCUAAUGUUUACUGACUACGCAAGUAGUUAUGUGACCAGUUAAACUAGUUAACUACAAACAUGGCAGUACGCACUUCUGUCCACAGACGGCGUGUCUGAGUUAGUUCAGGAUGUCUGAGUUAGUUCAGGGUGUCUGAGUUAGUUCAGGGUGUCUGAGUUAGUUCAGGGUGUCUGAGUUAGUUCAGGGUGUCUGAGUUAGUUCAGGGUGUCUGAGUUAGUUCAGGGUGUCUGAGUUAGUUCAGGGUGUCUGAGUUAGUUCAGGGUGUCUGAGUUAGUUAAGGUGUCUGAGUUAGUUCAGGGUGUCUGAGUUAGUUCAGGGUGUCUGAGUUAGUUAAGGUGUCUGAGUUAGUUCAGGGUGUCUGUGUUAGUUCAGGGUGUCUGAGUUAGUUCAGGGUGUCUGAGUUAGAUUAGUGUGUCUGAGUCUGUUGACGCUGUCGGUCUGAAGCCACUCGACGUCGGUCUUGAAUGAGCCUCGUCUGUAGUUCCGUUGCUGGCCACCAGAGGACGUAGGGGGGUGGGCGAUCUUAUCGGGACUAUUUUGAAAUGUUGGACUCUGGUAUAGCUUGGUGUUCAUCUCAACACUUCUCUCCAGUUGCGGAGAUGAGACUUAAUUUAUUUAUUUAAUCCUGAAUGGUGAAUGGGAAUACGAGAAUGUCUGUCUGAGAUGCACCACGCCACCUAUCGCUAUCCUAUCGCUAAAUAUCGACAAUAAUCAGCUUUUUACAAAGAUGUAUUUUUUUAUUAAACUCUUUGUAUUCGUUUUAUAGCGAAAAUAUCGAAUCACAAUCUAAGACGUGUAGAAUAUAAAGUGUCUGAGGAUCAGAGUGUUGCUAUGCAGAAAAUCAACCAGACUUUAUUUAACUUCAGUGGAUUUCUAUCUUGAUUCGGUUUCUAUUUUUCUUCUGGUUUGUAUGAUUUGUCCUGCUGUACUUCAUAAGCCAUUCCUGUAUUGGACACAAUCUUUAAAUGUGUGUAACGGUGUGAACGUGGUUUCUAUUUCUCCAAACACAUGUUUUUACAUCAUGUUUACGUGUACUUAAGUACUUUUGUUUUCACUUAAGCAGAGUUGUACAACCCCGUCCUGAUCUCAGAAUGAUUUGAUCAGGAUCUCAGCACGAGGACGGUUAUGUUGGAGUUGGUUUUGUUGCAAAUGGCCUUUUUAAAAUGCAUUAAAUUUGCAGUACUUUAUCCAUAUAGUUCUUUAUUGUGUGUCCGUGUGUCUGUCCAUGAAGGGGAAGUC